AAACAACGCGAGUCUACACUUUAAAGCACAGGUUCCAUACAACAAACUGUUAGUUGGAUUGGAGCUGCACUGGAUUCCGCCACCCGUACCAUAUUCACUUCUUCACUGGUCUUUCGCGUUCUGCUGAAAUCCCGAAGCAGUUUCUCAACACAACUGGGUGUAGCUCAUUUGCUGAAGAAUUUUCCAUCAAUUCCGUGCAAGUUGCGAGUCAUCAAAAAUUGAAAGGCUACUGCAUCGAAAAAUUGAGAUUUCAGAAAGCUCAAGUGAGAAGAAGAAAAGAUGCCGAGGGCUUUUCUUCUGAAAAGGAGUAAGAAAAUCAAAGAUGAAGAACAUAAAGGCUGCGCUGCUGAGAUUGAACCGCAACAAAGAUCAGCAGAAAACCAUCAAGCGGAAGUGGCAAAGAAAAACAAGAAAAUUCAAGCUGAUGAUUCCAUCACAAAGCAAGAAAAAGUCAAUCCCUUUUUAAGCUUUCUUCCCAAAAAUGCAAGCCAUGAAAUGUCACCAGAGGAUAAAGAAUUCCAUAAUUCCUACCAAAGUGCCAUUUUAAGUCGCUCCCCAUUUUUGUCUCCUUCGCAUUUUUUCCUGCCAAUCCCUCUGAGACACUCUCCUCUACUGGAAAGCAAAGCUAAAGCCAUGAUGCUUAAGAAUUUCCAUGAAAGGUAUUUUUACCCACGAACGACUCCAUUCAGAGCCCUGGAGACAGUAAACAACAACAGCUCACUGGCUAAAUACACACAACUCUCUGACAGAUUGAAAAGGCCUAUAAAAACCCAUAUUGAAGAUGCCUAUCAUAGCCAGCCACCCCUAUCACCAGAUGACAGAUGCAUGCCGCGCAUUUACCCGUGUAAAGUCUGCGGGAAAUCUUUUAAACGCUCAUCAACUCUCUCAACGCAUAUGAUGAUCCAUGCGAACAUUCGCCCUUUUGCAUGCAACUUCUGUGGUAAACGUUUUCACCAAAAGUCAGACAUGCGAAAGCAUACCUACGUUCACACAGGCGAAAAGCCGCAUCAAUGUGGAUUCUGUGGCAAAUCGUUCAGCCAGUCAUCCAAUCUGAUUACUCACUCGCGUAAGCACAAGGGUUUUAAACCAUUCUCAUGUGAGCGCUGUGGCAUGUCAUUCCAACACAAGGUUGAGUUGAGAAAACAUACAUACACCCAUGUCUCACCAAAUGACAAAGCUGAGCAGGAAGACAGCCAACCAAAAGCUCUAUAAAACUUUUUUAAAGAGAAACAUGCAAUAAUGUCAUCAUACACAAACUGUGAAGUAGACAUGGUUCUAUUGUAACAAUUAGGUUGUACAGGGACAGGAUUAGGUCUUGACAACGGCACUAGAGCUUCAGAGGCUUAUUGUGAGAGCGUCAGUAGAGAUAUAUAUAUGAAUAGCGUGUAGUUAAACUAAGUCGAGAACAGUGACAAAUAUGUCUGCUUUCUUAAGAGGAAAUCAUUCUCAAAAUAAGUAGCCAUAAUAAUAAGGAAGGUUUUUAAAUCUAUAUUUGGUAUUGUUAUACGCUGCACCUAACUCGAAAGGAGUCUGUUCCAUUAGGAGGUCAAUAUAGUCUGAUAAAACAACCUCUUCAAUUAAUAAUAAAGGUUUCAAAAGGUUUUUCAGUUAGUGAAAAUCCAAAGAAAAAUGCUCGGACCCUUUGCAGGCAGCAUGUAGUGGAUUACUAGAAAGGGCCUAAACCAACAAUCUAACAAUUCAUUGCUUUAAUCGGCUUAUGAGGUUCUUAUAUAAAUUUGUAAGUGUCUUAAAUCCUGUCAAUUUAUGUAAAGUGUCGUAAUACUUUUAAACUAUAAAACUAACCCAGUAAACUGGACAAUCAGUAAGCAGGAUCAUGCGACAUACAAAAUUAAGAGUUCGCUAUUGAUAAAACAACUGCGGAGGAACAUCGAGGACCCCAAGGUUUGUUACCUGAAAUCAUUACCUAAUCAAACAUUGCUGCUAUCUCUCUAUCUCCAGCAAAAUUUCAUUUGCUUCUUAUAAUUCACAUUGAAAACAAAACACAAUGUUAAUGCCUAUACCGCUUACACCCGAGCACUGUAUAUUGUAAUUUUUAGACAUCGAUGAUAGUUUUAUAGUGAUUUUGAAAAAAAGUUUAUUUAAAUAUCAUUAUCAAUGCAGAAAUUCA